CAACUUCUCCUUUCUGCUCCUGGGUCUCCAGAAUUACCCAGAUUAAGUCAAAAGCCUCUCUCCACACAGCCCUUUAUCUACAGGGUAGAGGAAGAACACCCCCCAUGUCUGACUCAGGCUUCCUUCUCCCAGCCCAUGAAACCUCUGAAGGCCACUGCCACCACCUCCCAGCCUGUACUCACCAUCCAGCAGAUCGAGACCAUCUUCUACAAGAUCCAGGACAUUUAUGAGAUCCACAAGGAGUUCUAUGACAACCUCUGCCCCAAGGUGCAACAAUGGGACAGCCAGGUCACCAUGGGCCACCUCUUCCAAAAGCUGGCCAGCCAGCUUGGUGUGUACAAAGCAUUUGUGGAUAACUAUAAAGUUGCUCUGGAGACAGCUGAGAAGUGCAGCCAGUCCAACAACCAGUUCCAGAAGAUCUCUGAGGAACUCAAGGUGAAAGGUCCCAAGGACUCCAGGGACAGCCACACGUCAGUCACUAUGGAAGCUCUGCUCUACAAGCCCAUUGACCGAGUCACCAGGAGCACCCUGGUCCUACACGACCUGCUGAAGCACACACCUGUGGACCACCCAGACUACCCGCUGCUACAGGAUGCCCUCCGCAUCUCCCAGAACUUCCUGUCCAGCAUCAAUGAGGACAUCGACCCCCGCCGGACUGCAGUCACAACCCCCAAGGGGGAGACGCGGCAACUGGUGAAGGACGGCUUCCUGGUGGAAGUGUCGGAGAGCUCCCGGAAGCUGCGGCACGUCUUCCUCUUCACCGACGUCCUCCUGUGCGCCAAGCUAAAGAAGACAUCUGCGGGGAAGCACCAGCAAUAUGACUGCAAAUGGUACAUCCCCCUGGCUGACCUAGUGUUUCCAUCCCCUGAGGAGUCUGAAGCCAGUCCCCAGGUGCACCCCUUCCCCGACCACGAGCUGGAGGACAUGAAAAUGAAGAUCUCUGCCCUUAAGAGUGAAAUCCAGAAGGAGAAAGCCAACAAGGGGCAGAGCCGGGCCAUCGAACGCCUGAAGAAGAAGAUGUUUGAGAACGAAUUCUUGCUGCUGCUCAAUUCCCCCACAAUCCCAUUUCGGAUCCACAAUCGGAAUGGAAAGAGCUACCUGUUCCUACUGUCCUCAGACUAUGAGAGGUCAGAGUGGAGAGAAGCAAUUCAGAAACUGCAGAAGAAAGAUCUUCAGGCCUUUGUCCUGAGCUCAGUGGAACUCCAGGUGCUCACCGGAUCCUGUUUCAAACUUAGGACUGUACACAACAUUCCUGUCACCAGCAAUAAAGACGACGACGAGUCUCCAGGACUCUAUGGCUUCCUCCAUGUCAUCGUGCAUUCUGCCAAGGGGUUUAAGCAGUCAGCCAACCUGUACUGUACCCUGGAGGUGGAUUCCUUUGGCUACUUUGUCAGCAAAGCCAAAACCAGGGUGUUCCGGGACACAACGGAGCCCAAGUGGGAUGAGGAGUUCGAGAUUGAGCUGGAGGGCUCUCAGUCCCUGAGGAUCCUGUGCUACGAGAAGUGCUAUGACAAGACCAAGGUCAAUAAGGACAACAACGAGAUUGUGGAUAAGAUCAUGGGCAAAGGGCAGAUCCAGGUGAGAGGCAGGCACAGCCAGGGCACCAAAGCGAGUGUGCCUGGGAGGCGGCACCAGUCGGGAAGGUAUCCUUCUCCUCUACCUUCUUGGUCAAGGGGAUUGGCCUUUGAGUUCGAGAUUGAGCUGGAGGGCUCUCAGUCCCUGAGGAUCCUGUGCUAUGAGAAGUGCUAUGACAAGACCAAGGUCAAUAAGGACAACAACGAGAUUGUGGAUAAGAUCAUGGGCAAAGGGCAGAUCCAGCUGGAUCCACAGACUGUAGAAACCAAGAACUGGCACACGGAUGUGAUUGAGAUGAAUGGGAUCAAAGUGGAAUUCUCCAUGAAAUUCACCAGCCGAGACAUGAGCCUGAAGAGGACCCCCUCCAAAAAGCAGAGCGGCGUCUUCGGUGUGAAGAUCAGCGUGGUGACCAAGCGGGAGCGCUCCAAGGUGCCCUACAUCGUGCGGCAGUGUGUGGAGGAAGUGGAGAAGCGGGGCAUCGAGGAGGUUGGCAUCUACCGGAUAUCAGGGGUGGCCACAGACAUCCAGGCGCUGAAGGCCGUCUUCGAUGCCAAUAACAAGGACAUCCUGCUGAUGCUGAGCGACAUGGACAUCAAUGCCAUCGCCGGUACCCUCAAGCUCUACUUCCGGGAGCUGCCCGAGCCCCUCCUCACAGACCGACUGUACCCCGCCUUCAUGGAGGGCAUCGCCCUGUCAGACCCUGCUGCCAAGGAGAACUGCAUGAUGCAUCUGCUCCGCUCCCUGCCCGACCCCAACCUCAUCACCUUCCUCUUCCUGCUGGAACACUUGAAAAGGGUUGCUGAGAAGGAGCCCAUCAACAAAAUGUCCCUUCACAACCUGGCCACCGUGUUUGGCCCCACAUUACUGAGACCCUCGGAAGUGGAGAGCAAAGCACACCUCACGUCGGCCGCCGACAUCUGGUCCCACGACGUCAUGGCACAGGUCCAGGUCCUCCUCUACUACCUGCAGCACCCUCCCAUCUCCUUCGCAGAACUGAAGCGGAACACACUGUACUUCUCCACCGAUGUGUAGCCCGAGGUGGGAGCGGCUGUCGGGGGGGCGGCCCCAAGCCAGCCUCUCCAGCCGGGGACCCAACCCAGACUUGAAGGACUGCAAUAGAGAACUCCCAAACCCAGCGCUCCACACUCCAAGGGACAGAGAUUUCCAAGAACUGGAAGACGUGUAUCUUUUGUGCCACCUUGUACAAAGCCAGCCGACCCGGCCCCGGCCCCGCCACGCACCCCGGCUCUGCCCUGCGUUCCUCUAGUCGUGUCUGAUGCUCCGUGCUGUUCGGGAAUUGUUUUACGUCUAUUUGUCAUGCAGAAAAGGUAGUGACCGACCCGGUGUGGGCACACAGGCAGCCUGCUUUGUUCUUUCAUUUCCUCCAACACUUUCUUUCCUCCUGAGUCCGGUCCAAGGGCUUUUAUUCUGCGCUCUGUAACUGUUGCCAGCUUCGCCUCUCUUGGCCCUGCUCCCAGAUUGCAGUCUCCUGGCGGCCUCCCCUCCGUCUUCCUCCACCCUGUCCUCCCCGCCUCCCCCAGCCUGCCUGCAUGCAUUUGCAGCUUUGGUUUUUGAUCCAUCACCUCGAAAGUUCUGAGGAGGCCCUGGGCAGCGGUGGCGGGGGCUGGCCGGUCCGAUGCUGCCGCCCCCAACCCUCUCCUUGCCCCCCUCACCUGUGGAGGCACGCCUGUCUGCCUUGCCACCUGUGCAAAUGUGGACAAGGAGACACUCUCGCACUGAUCCUCGGCUCUGCACAGGCUGGAGAGUGGAUUGCUGGGAUUUUCCACCUGAGAACCUCCAUUUCUGGGGUUUAUCUGUUCGUCUCCAGUCCCAGUGAGGCACCUUUGACUGUUUCUUCUACUGCUUUUCAGUUUCUUUUCUCCUGCUGUUCUAUUUUCUUUUGAGUGUAGAGACUCACCAGAGACCUGCUAUCAAGGCAGCCAGAGGGUCAGGAAAGAAUCAGGGAGGUGGGAGGGUCAGGCUGCCAAGGAGACAGAGUGGGCUGUUGAGAGGAGCGCCAGGGAGCGCUGGGCAUCCUGGGCUGGGAGCAAGGAGUUGUGGUGGCUUUGCUGGUGGAGCCAGGCUUCUGGGAGGGCAACCACGAGGGCUGAAGCAGGUGUCUCGAAACAGGCAGGCUCCGUCCGAGAGGGCUAGCCCUUCCUGGUGCCUCCCGUACCUCGUGGUACCUUUGCCUUAGACGUUACACACUUUCUCCACAGCCAAGCACUGCCACGGGGCAGCCCCCACGGCCACGUGCGCCCCAGGGCCUGGGGAAGUCAGGUGCGGUCCAGCAGUAGCCAGCCGUCAUGGUGCUGCCUCCCCCCACCCGGCUUCUGAACGCAGCCUUGUGGGUGAACUCGGGGGAACUCCAGGAGUUGGGGUGUGCCAGGUACCUGCCUCUCUCGGGACUGGGUUUUGCAGGGGACCCUGGUGGUGGAUGCUUGACUCAUCCGCAGGGUAUGAUCCCCGCGUUGAGGGCCGCUGCUCAGUACUGGGAAGGAGUGAGAAGUGCCCCCAAAGUGCAGUUUCUUCUCUCCUGAGCAGCACUGCUGGCCUCCAGCAGUUCAGACACUCCUGGCGGCAGGGGCUGGAGCUACAGUCCACGGUUCCUUGGCUCUCCUCUGUGUCAGAGACUAGAUUCCAAGCCCUGGGGGUUGGAGAGAAGAGCUCCCCCUAGCUUGAGCUCAGGGCGGUUUUAAAGAAGGAUCUGGGGCCCCUGAAGCCUUAGCACCGGCUCAGUGAGAGGAAGGGCCCCUUCUUGUCUCGUUUACACCUGUGGCCUGGGCGUGAGCAGAACGGUACACAUUCUGUGCACAUCAGAGGAUAGAUGCCCCAGAGGAGAGAGGAACUGACGCCCUGGCUGCCUGCUAAGCAGCUGAAGAGCCCCACUCCCUAAGAUAAUGGGCUUGGGCCACAGGUGGAAAAAGAAUGCUGGAGUCUGAACAUCCCCCGUGUCUGACCAUCCCUGGAGCCUGCUUGGCACUUGGGAGCUGGCAGGUGGCCUGGAAGGUUCUUGCUUCCGUGGCCACUAACUGGAAUGAAUUGGAGCCCCACCUAGAGCUAUUUACAGCCCCUAAUGGGUGCCUCCUGCCUUCCCCAAACCAGGGACGUGUGCCUCUCAGCAUCAGGUAGCUACUGCAGCCCCCAACCUCUUAGGUAAUGAGAAUGGGAGGAAGGCUGGAAGGGCUGAGAAAUGGAAAAGGCUCAGAAUAUUUAUCAACUCGACCCCCAGAAUCAGGAGGGGUGGGUACCAGACCUGGACUAAGCUGCGCUGAGGGAACAGCCUGUGGGUUCUCCUGAGAGACAGGGACUGUACAGAACCCCAGCCACUGUGCCCAGCAGGGCAGGCUGUGCCAACAGGAGCCCACAGACAGGCUACAGGAAUCCACACACCUGUCCUUGCUGGCAAUGGCUGCGGGCUGCCGGUGUUGUGCUGUUACAGGUAUGAUGGGACCCUUCAUUAAUAUUUGACUUUCAUAAGUUGGUAAGGAUAUAUUUUUCUUUGGUCUAUGUUCUGUUUCAACUUAUGUAGAUUAUUAUAAAUUGAUGUAAGCCACGUGAGAGGAAAAUGUUAAUAAAAAAAAAAAAACCUGCAAAGCCCUGACAUUUGCACACAAC